AUGGGAAGCCAAGGCAUGAGUUCAUCGAGUCCCUUGGUUGUGAAGAAAUCACAAGUGGUUGUAGUGAAACCCUCAAAGGCAACACCUGAAGUCUCUCUUUCUCUCUCGACACUCGACAACGAUCCUUACAUCGAAACCCUCGCCAAAACCAUUUAUGUCUACGCCCCACCACCCUCCAAAGACGUCCACGACGAUCCAGCUUCUCUUCUACAGCAAGCUCUCUCUCAUGCUCUUGUUUAUUACUAUCCUCUCGCCGGAAAACUUCACCGUCGAUCACAAGACCAUAGGCUAGAGCUGACGUGCACUCCCACAGAGGGAGUCCCCUUUGUGAAGGCAACCACUGACUGCACUCUCUCUUCCCUCAACUAUUUGGAGGACAUUGACGCAGCCUUAAACCAACUCGUACCUUGUGACGAAGCUGUGACCUCUGGUGGUUACAACGCUCUUGCUGUUCAGAUCACUCUGUUUGCAUGUGGAGGGAUCACUAUUGGAACGGCUCUCUCUCAUUCCCUCUGCGAUGGUUUUGGAGCGUCUCAGUUUUUCAAAGCCUUAACUGAGUUCGCUGCAGGCAAGACACAACCCAGCAUCAUCCCCGUCUGGGACAGACACUGCCUAACCUCUAACAACUUUCACUUUAACGGGGAAGUGGAGGAGGAACAAGCUCAGAAGCUAGUUGAUUUCGGGGAGGCUUGCUCUACUGUGGCAACUUCUCCUUACACACCAACCCACGACAUGGUCUGUGAGAUACUCAACGUCACACCUCAAGACAUCGCUCAGCUCAAGAAGAAGAUUGGUGAGGAGGUCACGACUCUGGAGAUUCUCGCGGCCCAUGUUUGGAGAGCAAGGUGCAGGGCCUUGAAGCUGAGUCCAGAUGGAACCACGCUUUUUGGAAUGGCCGUGGGUAUACGACGCGUUGUAGAGCCACCGUUACGGGAAGGCUACUACGGAAACGCGUUCGUGAAAGCCAACGUAGCGAUGAAGGCAGGAGAGUUGAGCAACUCACCGUUGUCUCACGUUGUGAAGCUAAUCAAAGAGGCUAAGAGAUCCGCGUUGGAGAAGAGAUACGUGUGUGAGCAGCUCAAAGAGACAGAGAAAAGCCUGAAGAUGAAGGUAACGUGUCAAGGAGGGAACGGAGCGUUCAUGUUGCUCACUGAUUGGAGGCAACUUGGAUUGCUAGACGAAGUUGAUUUCGGGUAUGGUGGAUCGGUGAAUAUCAUACCCUUAGUGCCCAAAUAUUUGCCGGAUCUUUGUAUUUUCUUGCCAAGAAAGCAUGGUGGCGUUAGGGUGCUCGUCACGCUACCCAAACCUGCAAUGGACAAUUUGAAAGAACACAUGAAUCCACUAAGCUUUUAAUAUACCAAAAUAUUACAAUAACUGUAAUUCACAUUGUUUAUUUCCAUUUAUGAAUUGUGACCUCAUGCUUUCCUCAUGCUUUGUGUAAAAAUGAUUCUCUUGUUGUGCUUUCAAUGA